CAAGAAAACCAAAUACAACGAUGAAAUGAAUUGAAAGAAAAAAAGUAAUUGCAGAAAAUUCAAUUAAGAAAUAGGCUAAAAAAUAAAGAGGAAGAAACGAAAAAAAGAAGAACCCUAAUUUUCGUAGCGAAGCGAAAUUGGUUCGCAUCGAAUUCUUUGAAGAUGAAGAGCUUUUACGAGUAGCAGUUAAUUUAUUUAGGGAUUCAUUCAAUUAUUUUCCCCUUAUUCACACUUUCUCUCUCCUCAGCCUCUCACUCCGGGUUUUGUGACUAAUUAGAUUUCGGGAUAGUUGAACUGAUGGAAGGGGACAGAAAGGGUGCUCUUAAAGGACGGCAAGGCACCUCAUUUAAGAAGAAAGGGGCGAAUAAGAAAGGAAGAUGGAAUAAUCCUAGGCCGGAACAUAUUGAGAAUACUCAGGUUCCUAACCCUACUGACACUGUUUACCGGAUUCUCUGCCCAUCUAAAAAAAUUGGGAGUGUUAUUGGCAAAGGUGGUGGCAUAAUUAAAGUCUUGAGAGAAGAGACAAAGUCGAAAAUAACUGUUUCUGACUCAAUUCCUGGAUCGGAUGAGCGGGUGAUAAUGAUUUAUAGUCCUCCUGAAAAAAGCUCGAAUAAAGAGGCGGAUGAGGGGAAUGAGAUCAUGCCAUCACAUUGUCCUGCUCAAGAAGCUCUCAUGCGAGUUCAUGACAGGAUUAUUGAGGAAGACUUGUCAACUGGGAAGGAAGACGUUGAAGAUGAGAACUGCAUGGUCACUGCUCGUCUUCUUGUUCCGAAUAACAUGGUAGGAUGCCUUAUCGGCAAAGGUGGAGAUGUUAUUCAGAGAUUGAGGAGUGAGACUGGUGCUAGCAUUCGUGUGCUUCCAUCUGAGCAGCUUCCUUCAUGUGCCUUAAGUACCGACGAACUUGUGCAGAUGCAAGGAAAACCAUCUGUUCUGAAGAGAGCACUCUAUGAUGUUUCAACGUUAUUGCAUCAGAAUCCACGCAAGGAGAAAGCAUUUAAUUAUUCCCUGCUGUCCCGUGGCCCUGGUUUUCAAGCUGCGGGUCCUCCUUUAACAAAUUUGCCUCCACCACGUGGAGGUGACCCAAUGUGGUCUCCACGAGAUCCUGCUCGACACAUGCCACCACCACCAUGGAUGGAGGACUUUGGGCGCCAUCCUGGACACAACCCUGGCGCUUUUGAUAAAGAUUUGACCAGGCCUGGUGUGGAACCUUCAGGUGAAUAUUCCUUGAAAAUUUUAUGUCCAGUCAGUAAGAUUGGAGGAGUGAUUGGAAAAGGAGGCAUGAAUGUGCGACAGUUACAGCAGGAAACUGGUACAAGUAUUCAUGUUGAAGAUGCAUCUACCCAGUCAGAGGAGCGUGUUAUUCGUGUUUCGGCUUUUGAGACUUUGCGAAACCAAAGAUCACAGACAAUUGAUGCAAUUCUCAUGCUUCAAAAUAAAGUUAGCGAUGUAUCCGAGAAGGGUAUAAUUACUUCAAGGCUGCUGGUUCCCUCUAAUAAGGUUGGGUGCCUCCUUGGACAAGGAGGCACAGUUAUAAAUGAAAUGAGAAGGAGAACACAAGCAGACAUUCGUGUUUAUUCUAAGGAUGAAAAACCCGAGUGUGCUUCAGAAGAUGAAGAGCUCGUGCAGGUGUCUGGAAGUUUUGCAGUAGCCAAAGAUGCUCUGGCAGAGAUAGCAUCAAGGCUAAGGGCUAGAUGCUUGAGGGAUGCUACUGUCACUGCAGAACCAGCUCCACCUCGACCUAGACCUGUUCAUGGAUAUGGUCCCACUGGAGGUUAUCCACGAGGAGGACCCUUGGGACCUGAUCCAGCUGGAAUGGGAUCCGCUAGUAGCUACAAUGCUGUCAAGGGUGGAAUGCGCGACUUUGAGCCUCCUAGUUACCCAGUCCCGCCAAGUGCAUCUAGGUACCCAAAUCCUAACAGUUCCAUGGAGUCUCAUAGGUACUCAAAUCCUAACAGUUCCAUGGAGUCUCAUAGGUACUCGAAUCCUAACAGUUCCAUGGAGUCUCAUAGGUACUCGAAUCCUAACAGUUCCAUGGAGUCUCACAGGUACUCAAAUCCUAACAGUUCUAUGGAGUCUCACUACCUAAAUAGUGGGAUUAGUUCUGCUCCUGGAGCAGGAGGAAGCUUCUAUGCCAAAACUCCUGAGGCUCCUGGAAUGAGAAUGAAGCUUCAUGAUCCUUACCUUGGUGGCUCCGAGCCUGUGGCUGACAUUCGUGGUGCUUCUGAUCGUUAUCCUCCUGCACCGGCUAAUUACACCAAUUAUAGUGGGCCCAAUAAUACUCAUCAGGGCUCUUAUCCAGAUCCGAAAGGACAAAGCUCUUAUCACAGCAUGGCUCCACAGCAAACUGCUUAUCAGAACCACCAUCAAAUUCCUUAUCAACAGAACAAUGCACAACAGAGCCCCUAUAGAAACAUGAAUGCCCAGCAUAGUGCUUAUCAGAGUGUCCCAGCGCACGGUUCCUACCAAUACUAACUUCCAUUUCUGAGCAUUUUUGUACCAUAUAGCUAAAAUUAAUUAGUUUGAUGAUACUAUCAAUGGCAAGUUCAAAAUGCAACCAUGGUGGUUUAGAGUUCAUUUUUGAAUUUUCUUCUCUUUUCUCUGUAAUGUUUUUGUGUAUUGAUUAUCAUGAUCGUGCCUGUUCUGCCGAGGGAAGCUGUAAGCAUAUUGUAAUAUUAGGAGCCCAAAAUGAAUGAUCUGCAUUCUUGGCUUAAUCAUACAGAUCAUUGGAGGUUUUGUUAGCACUGAGGCGAAAAGAUGUCGAGAUUGGCUUAGGUUCAGAUUAAUUAUAUCAAUAGUACUCAAAAUCCUUGAUUAACUAUAAUAGAUGGCUGCUUUUAUUUUUUA